CCAGAAUUUCCCGCUCAUGACAAAAUCGGCCAGCUGUUUGAAGCAGUUCUUCACGGCAUGCGAUGCUAUUCAGACCGAGGGAACUGAGGUGUUUGGGUUCGUCUGCUCGGCGGGGUUCUUCGUUCUCUCUUCUGUAAUUACCACUCAUCUUGACGUGAGUCGCAGAUCCUGGCCUAGAACCAAGAUCGUGGGCAUGGCAACCUCAAUGGCGGCCGGAGUCUUCUUGCUCUGCCGUGGGAUGGUUAUCCCACAGGAUCAUGCUUGGCACACUAUUGCUCCUCCCACCAUCAUCAUUUUUACAGUAUCGGCAGAAGCUGGCCUGCUCAUACACGCCCAGAUAAAAGAAGAUGGAGGCAGCAACCACUUGGUUCGCGACCUGCUCAUGAGAUUGGCGGAUACAUCCAUCAGCAUCUACCGAUGGACCCAUUUGAUUCGACAAACACGACAUCCCUUGGAUGCAGAGAAGAUUCUGCGUUUGGUCGGGAGCGGCCUUCCGGUGCUGAUUGGAGCUUGCCAGGUCGCCUGGAUCGCGUACAAGGCGGGCUUCGUCCGUGAGGUGGUCGAAUGGCUCCGGAAGAUCCCCUGGGUUUUCGCCGGGAAGAAGACGAGGAUGCCGGAGCUGCCAUGGCCGGAGACGAAGACGGUGACGCGGCGGAGAAGGCGCCAGAAGGAAGCGUCGAGGUCAUGGUGGUGGAGGCGGCGACGGCGGCAAUGAUGGCGUCAGCAGCGGCGGUGGCUUAUGUGUGUACAUGCAUGGGUGGAUGUACCGCUAGCUGCCAACUUGGCUGCUCUCCGCCUUUUGCCUUUUCGGUUUUGCUAUUUCUAUGUGAAAGUGUUUUUUACCGGUGCCGGUAGCCGGAUUUCCCGUCCGAUCCACACGGCGAUUCCCGCUGGACAGGCGUUGCUGGUUUGGGAAGCAUUGACUACCCGCAUGUAUCUCGACUCGCGAAAGACCCGGGCAUCCCAUGCAUCCGUCAUCGGUGACGGAGUACAAAGGAUGAGAAGAUAUUAAUCAGAUGGCAGAUGCUUUAUUUAUUUA